CAACCUCAUCUUAACCACCAUACAAGCAAUCAGUCAAUCAAUCAAUCAAUCAAUCAAUCCAUCCAUCCAUCCAUCCAUCCAUCCAUCAACCAAACCAAUCUAUCCAAAUAAUCACUCCCAAAGCACAAACACAAUGGUUUUCCGCUUCCCCAAAACCCUCGACCCAAUAACCCUCUUCCACACCCCCUCCAGCACCCCCUCAACCCGCGCCUACAACAUCCUAAAAGCCGCCUCGGCCGCCGCAGCCGCAGCCGACUCCCCGGCGCCCGGCGAACGCGGCGAAUUCCAGCUCGAGAUCACGACCGCCGCCCCCACGCCCGACCAGCUGCGCAGCAUUCUGGAUUUCGUGAAUGUGGCUGGGAACUUGGCGACGGGGGGGGAUGCGGGCGGCGCGGGCGGCAAGUAUGAGGUUGGCCGGAUUGUUAGCGGGGCGAGGGAUGCGGAGGAUGCGCUGAGGCGGUUUAAGGAGGAUGCGGGGAGGUUUGUGCGGCCUAUUACGGUUGAUUGGACGAAUGGUCAGGCUGUUGUUGGGGAUAAUGAGUCGGAGAUUCUUAAAAUGGUACGACGGGCGAACGAGUAAUCGGACAUACGAGGAAAAAAGAUGGCUAGAAUAGAAUGUAUUAUCAGGUCUACGAUACGCUUGUGUAUCAUACAAACUCCACUCCAUCCAUCCAUGACCCAUACCCGAUCAUGCAUUAAACUCAUACUCGCUAACAACAUGGCCAUAUCAAUCGAGACCAGCUCGCGGACAGAACUAAACCGAAAUAAAAGCUUAAGCUGUUCUGGAACCCCCUUAAAAC